GAAAUAUUUGUUUUUUACGUAUUUUAUUAGAAUUCUUGUCAAAGUGAAACUCUUCAAUUCGUAUUGUACAAAUACAUAUAGUUAAAAAGGUUUAAAAUUAUAAGGUUACAGAUUUUUGAGACAGACGAUACAAGCAUCAUGAGCGACAAAAUAAAGCAGCCAUUAAUCGAGACUUUUACACGUCUCUUCAAAAAAAAAUUCGAGACUUUUACAUGUGAAAUUUGUGUAGAAAAAAGAUCGUUGAGCCACCAAUUCCGCCACACCAACAAUUGUGUUCAUAAUAUUUGUUUUAUGUGCAUAGCCGGCCACAUUGAAGCAAAGCUUGAUGAGAAUAUAACUACCAUACACUGCCCAGAAUUGAAUUGUGGAAAAAUCCUAAUUCCUCUGGAAUGCCAGCCGAUAAUUCCACCUUCGCUCUUCGUGAAGUGGUGCGAUUGCCUCUGCAGAUGGUGUGCUUCAGCCUACUCAAGCUGCUACUGCCCUUACCGGGAUUGCUCUGAGCUGAUCCUCAACGAGUGCAACGAGGCGACAACAAAAUGUGCGUGCCCCCGAUGCAAGAGGCUCAUUUGCUAUGCAUGUAACGUUCCGUGGCACGCGGGGUUUUGGUGCAGCGAGACCUCCCAACAAAGGGACGCAAACGAUGUUCUAUUCGGUGCUUUGAUUGAGAGGAUGAAGUGGAGAAGAUGUCCUAAAUGUGGCACUCCCAUUGAGCUCAUUAGUGGCUGUGUUAACGUCAAAUGCAGAUGUGGCACAUAUUUUAGGCAUGACGGUUCACAACCCAUCGUCGACGGUGAAAUAGUUGCUGGUCUAGUUUUGAUAUUACUACUAUUUUUCUUCAUUUGGAUGGCUGUAGUAUGUAUCACGUAGGCCGCUCGCAGUGCAUAAUAAAUGUGGAAUAAAUAAUUAUAGCAUUCUAAAAUAAA